UGUCGUUUAGGUAAGAUGGCAGGCGUGCAGCUGCCACCCUUCCGGAGCCUGGAUGUUCCUCCUUCGGCCCGGUUCGCCGUGCCCGAUGUGCGCGACCUGGACCGCUGGAACAACCGCAUCAUCAACAACCUGCUGUACUACCAGAGCAAUUAUUUCCUGUCCGCGGUGGUCCUCCUGCUCAUAGUGGGGUAUUUCCACCCCUUCCAGUUGUUUGUCGGGGCGAUUGUGGUCAUCUUGUUGUUCCUGGGCUUCGUCUGGGCUGCUGAGAACCAAGCUGCCAUUCGCCGUUUCCGUAGAAACCACCCAUCAAUCGCUGUAUUCACCAUUCUUUUGGGGAGUUACCUCUUCAUAUCUGUGCUGGGAGGCGUGGCCGUGUUCCUGUUUGGGAUAGCCUUCCCUAUACUGAUGGUUCUGGUCCAUGCAUCAGUGAGGCUGCGCAGCCUGAAGAACAAGCUGGAGAACAAACUGGAGAGCAUCGGUCUGAAGAGGACACCCAUGGGACUCCUGUUAGAGGCCCUGGGACAGGAACAGGAGGCUGGAUCCUAGAGAGACAGAGGUGGAGGAGAUGUUCAGGGAUGGGGGAUAGUUUGGGUACCAUCUGAGGGAAAUGACAAGAGAAAUUGAUAUGAAGUGGGUGGGACAUGGGAAGAGGAGAGGAAAACAGGAGGACAGAAUUACUGCAGGACGAGAGGAAGAAUAAAAAAUUAAGUAGAAAGAAAGAGUCAGGAACAAAAAGGGUGGUUUGGUUUGUUAUAAAAUUAACUAAUCUGAAGUCAACAGAGAAAGGACCAUUCUGUGGUCGAGUGGGGAAAGGACAGAUGAAAUGCAUAGAAAUCAUCAUAACAAACAAAUGAUCGAAUCAUCCUUGAUCUUUUUUACCUUGCACUUUAAGCACACAUUGUUUUGUUUCAUUUAUUUUGACAUGAUACGUUUUUGUCUUUGUGUCAUAGCCAUAUGGGCAUAUUCACAUUGAGCAUUGAUAUGAUUUGUGAUAUGUUCUGCACCCUUGAUUCAUAGUCUAUCUAUACAUUGACUUGCUCUCUAUUUCUGUCUCAGUGAUUCGUACUCUACCAAUGCGCUCUUAUCUAAAGAUUGAUCUAUGCCUACGGAGCUAUGAUGGUGAUAAUGUCAAAAUUAUGCAAGUCGUUACAUUCUACAACAAUUGUAUUUGAAAAGGUUUAAUAUUGAAAAAGUUGUAAUGUUGCUGUGCUCCAGCUGAUGCUUCAAAACACAUUCAGUUAUGGACUUACACGUCAUGUUAUUGGUAUUAUUUCAGUAUCCUUUCAAUAAGCACUUUGAGAAUAAAGUGCUUAUUGUUAACUAAAAAACUUAAGGCCAUCCAUAUCUCUCAUUUGACACAUUAAAGCUGACUGACCUGUUUCAAAUUUAAUAAUUUAAUACUACAAUGGAGUAAUCAAAUCUUCAAACUUUGUUCUUUAAACAUUAUGACUUAAUUCUGCUAAUCUUACAACUUUCUUUCUUAUAAAAGUACACAUUUUAUAACUUUUAAAUAUUCUGACUUUAUUUUAUUAAAAUGUUUUCUUGUAAAGAUACAAAUUAUCUUAUAAUGUUAUUACUUUUUAAUGUAAAAACACAACUUUAUUCUUGAAAUAUUCAUAUUUUGCUCAUAAAUUACAACUUUACUCCCACAAUUUUACUAACCUUUUUUUUCUCAAAUUACAGCUGUAUCUUAAAAUUACAACUUUAUUUUGACUAUUUUUUUCCUGAAAUCUUAAAAAUUUUUCCUCCUCACAGUGGCCCUUAUCACUCAUCAUACAGAGCUACCCAAUUUCCAUCAGUAUUUUCUCCCAGCUAUGGCACCCCCUUCAGCGUCUCAGUACACACUUCAUACGCACCACAGUAGAAAACCAAAGUAUUGAUACUAUACCAUAGAUGUGGUAGUUGUAGUAGUACUAAUUUGCCUUUUCAUUCUCUCACCAUAGCAAGUGUAAAGAGAAACAAAAUAUUAUUCAUGUGGAACCACAGUGUGACAUGCAAGUAAAUAUGUCCAAACUGUAAAUACAGAGCAAAACAACAAGUACAACAAAGUACUACUGUACCUACCAAAAUAUCUAACAGGUCCAUUAUGGCAUCAGACCACUACAAAUGUUGUGGAAAUGUAAACAUGUAUAAGAUUUAUGUAUGUGUUCUAGCUACUUCCCUCCAAUGUCUUAAUUUGAAAAGGAUCAAUCUCAUUUUUAUCCAUUUUGUCAAUUCAUGAAAGAGGUUAAUCCAUCUCUCUUGAAUUGUUUGGCGAAGGUGAAGCAGUCUUCCUUAUUUCAAGAUUUUGUCACUAAAAUCUCUGAGCAGUCUUGGAAAUAAAAGGCUUCACCCACAAGGCUGCCCAUUAUUAUCCACUGCUGGUCAGUGGGAUUUGCCCAAUCCUCCAGUGGGAGAAGCUCUGCUGGAGCAAAUGAAUAGCUUUGAGUUUACCCUUAAUUUCAUUGUAAUCAAUCCUUGUUAAAGUUUUUUGGUGUUGGGGCCCACACUCUUGGUAACUGUAGUUUUCUCCUUUGCUCUCUUUUUAGCCAAGCUGGCAAUGUGGUUCUAGGGAGGGCAAUGUUUUGUCGAUCAGUCUACUACUACGAUUUUAGUGAUCCCGUCUUCUAGCGCCACCAUUAAAUCAAAGUUUUCAAUUAUCCAAUGAAAUAUCUCAAUGUCUACAAGAUGGAUUGGCACAAAAUUUCUAGCCUUAUCAUCAGGUCAAUAUUUCCAUUUGUCCAAUAUUUUGGUUUAUGACUAAAUAGAGCAGAAUUCCUGAUGUCAUGUCUUGGUCAGCCUGUGUUCCACUAUAGCUUCUGUAACUCAAUGCAAUUUCAAUAAGAGGGUUUCUUUCAGCAGUCUUUAUGAAAACUGCACUCGCUAUUAGAAGAUUAAGUCACAAGUAAUUUGCUAGCAUACAAAAAUCUACAGCUCCCAUUCAAAUUUACCAGUGCAGGUACUUAUGUCAACUUGGUUUCUUCCAUAUCCAUAAUAUCCACUACUGCUCUCUUCUAGCAUAUUUUUUAAUGUAAUAACAGCUAGGGUUGUUUUCCCACUACCCUUAUCCAGACAUAUGGAGUGAUGAGUGGAUUUUUUGUAAUUUGCAUUAUUUUGUCUAACAGAACCUGGAAGUUCCAGUUUCACUUGAGCUCUAUAUACCUGUAAAACUAAUGACAUUUUCAUCAAGCCUCAGCUGUACUGUGUUUAACGCUAUCAAAUGUUAGCUUACUAACAUGCUAAACUAAGAUAGUGAACACACCUAACAUUAGCUCCUAAAUAUGAACAUGUUAGCAUUGUCAUUGUGAGAAUGUUAGCGUUCUGACAUUAGCAUUUAGCUCAAAGCACUGCUGUGCCUAAAUACAGCCUCAUAGAGCCACUAGCGUUGCUGUAUGACUCUUAGUCUUAAGAUAAUAGAGUGUCUGAUACCUAACCAGUAUUAAAAAUGGGAUUUAAACCCUUGCUUCCAUUUUAUAAACCUUAAAAUGUUAGACCACUUCAGACACCACUGUUGGUUGUCCAGCCUUGUAACAUACAGUACAUGAUUGGUUCCCUGUUUUGAAGACCUAAUGUAGGACAGAUGUUCUUUGAAGAAAGAUAAAAAAGACACUCUUAAAACACUAUGAAGGAACAGUUUUAUAGCAAAACAUUUUAUACAAGAAAAGCUGAGUGAAGGUACAAAUUGAAAGCUAUUUUAUUGUAUACUAGCUGUCUGUUGUGGGGACUGUGCAUUGUGUUUCUUUGUUUAAACCUAACAUAAAGACAUGGGAAACCUGUUCUAAACACCUGUAUGUGGUAACCUACCUCUGCAUCCCGUAUUCAAGAAACUCCUUCUGUGUUAUUUUCAUUCCUUGGAAGGUUUCACAGAGUCUUCAAUUCUUCCUGUUUAAUCGAAGUUUGUGAAACUGGCUGCAAGAAGGUUUAUUCCACUAUAACAUGUCUUUCUGUCCAAAGUAUUCUUAAGAUGCCAGAUUUUGCUUUUAUGUGUUCAUUUUUGAUUAUUAAGCAUAUUGUUGACUAUUGAAGACUUUGUUAGCGUCAGUGUCUUGCAGAAACAAAUAACCCUGAUGGUUUGAUUUUCUUAGUGUGUAUGUGCCAUGUGUAUGUGCCAUUGUAGUUUUGAUAUUUGGCCUGUACAAUUAUGUUUUAGACAUUUAGCUCAUGUACUUAUCUAGAGCCACAUGACAGUGGGCAGUAACAGUCUGGAAGCAGGGAACAUGGCUGUAAUGGAGCUUGAACAUGUGACCCUUCUGUUUCAUGUUUCUCUAGCUGCUAGAGAAGCCUGCCCUAUUAGUGGUUUGUCUUGGCCUUGCAUCACUAAAGACAAGACAGGAAAAAACACUUACUGAGCAGAAAGAAAAGCUUUUUGGUCUACUUUGUAACUCUUAAGCUGAGAGAACAUUUCUGCAUGUAUGUGCACAUAUAACACAUUUUACAAGUGAUGACUCUGAAUGUUCAGUGUUGCCUUCUAUUCAGCUAAAUGUUUGAAUUUUGAUUCACCAACACCAUGUCUUUGACUGUUUUGCCAAAAGCUGGUAAUUACAUUUAUUUAAAACUUAUUCUUUUCUAAAUAAAAAAGAAUGCUGUCCUGCA